AAGAACAUUCCCUUUUAAACCCUAACCACCAUUUCCUCCCAAAAACCCCAACCGUAAACCAGGAUUUUUUAUUUCUCAUAUCUCAAUGGAAGCUCUCCUUUCUACAAACCUCAGCUUCUUAAUCGAUCCUUGUUUUUCUUCAAUCCAUCUUUAAAAAGAAGAAAAAAGAAGAAGAUUUUUUAGAUGAUCUAUAAACACUAGAUUCCCAAGUUGCAUUCGAGUUCCCGAAUGCUGCUGGCAAAGAUCAACCUCACAACCUUCAUCGUUCCAAAAGCCUUCUCCAGUGCCAGAUGCUUUCAUCAUUCAAACUUUAACUGGCCUCCUGCCAUUUGUGCCUCAAGAUAUCACGGAACUCAGCACAAUCAGAACUACGGGGAAUCUGUUGGCUGGUAUCACAGCAAUGACAGUGACUUUUCUAGCUCACACGUACGAGUGCCGAGAAACGGAAGGACCACACCAUACAAUCAAGUGCACCAUUAUCCGUCUAGAAGUGAUUUGCGCCACUAUGGCCAUUCCCCAAAGGUCUUGAGUUCAGGAAGCUAUUCGGUCCUUCAAUCCAGUGGGCUACAACACUGGUUCAAAAACUGGCAGGAACUAAGAAAGCAUAAGCUGACUGCAAGCACUUUCGGAGGUGCUGUUGGGUUCUGGCCUGGCCGAAGAGUCCAGCUCUGGUUGGAGAAGAUUGGCCUGAUUGAACCAUUCACUGGGAAUCUUGCGACCUGUUGGAGCAAUAUUCAGGAAGAGGUUGCAUUGGAACGGUAUAAACUAAUAACUGGAAACAGCGUUUGUUUUCCCGAAUUUCAGGUCUACAAUAGGAGUAAUAAACAAGAUGAUUGGCUCGCAGCUUCGCCAGAUGGGGUAGUUGAACCUGAAUUCUAUGGGCUGCCUUCCGGUGGGGUGCUGGAGGUCAAGUGCCCAUUUGAAAACGGAGAAGUGGGCCAGUCUCUGCCAUGGUCACGGAUUCCUCUCCAUUUCAUGCCACAAGCACAGGGGUUAAUGGAAAUAUUGGACAAAGAUUGGAUGGAUUUUUACAUCUGGACUCCGAAUGGCAGCAGCUUGUUCAGAUUACAGAGAGACCAGAAAUAUUGGGAGCUGCUGAAGUUGGCUUUAUCUGAUUUCUGGUGGAAGCAUGUUCAGCCGGCGAAGGAAUUGUGCAAGAUGGAUCCAGUAACAGAUCCGUUCACAGUAAUCGAGCCUCUAAAGCCAGCUCCCAGGCAUGAACUGUGCAGAAGCAUCAUUUGUGCGAGCAAAUGCCUGGUUGAUGACUCCAGGUUAUUGGUGCGAGAGAUUCAUGGAAGAUUGCAGAACUGAGUUAUUUGGCAUUUUUUGAACUGGUAUUUGGUUGAAGGCUGAAAGGAGCCCACCUUUCAUUGAUAUAACCCGUUGAUCUGGUGGGACCCAUCUUGGGAUGAGCUAUGCACCUAUCACCUAUGCCCAAGUGUUACCCCUAGCAAAUGAUCCUGGCCAUUUAUUGGGAAUGCAGGAAUUUCAACCAAAAGUUCACAUUCUUUCUGGGGCCCAGUCAGAAGGUCAAUUCCAUCCAGUGGGGGAGAAUGUUGGAGUCUCUCCGUUGACCUGGUGUGACCCAUAUGAAUGGUUUGGAUUGAUGAAAGGUGGGUGGUACAUGUAGAUUUAUUGUGGGCUGACCUAAUGCUCCACAAAUCAUUGUGAAUUUCCUUAACCAAGAAUUGGUUGGCUCAGAAGGGCGAGAGUGCAAUAAUCUACAGCAUCAAGUUGUAUUAUGUCAGGAACUGGAAGCAGCUUGGCAGAGAUCCUGGAUUGCUUCUGUGAGUUUGUAAAAGCUGAAAAUAAGAGCCGUAAUGGAGGUCAUUGGAAAUUACACA